UAUUCAAAUGGCUUUUGUAUAUAGAAGUGAAACUAGAGGCACUUAUAUACCGAAAACUGAAUUAGUAGGACCUGGAUAAUAUGAUCACAUCCCUGAAAUCUAAUCAAGAUCAAACCAACAUCCAUUUAAUUCAACUGUCUAAAGAGUAACUAAAUCUAAUGAACCUAAUAUACUUCCAGGUCCAGGAACUUACAAUCUCUAAGGCUCCUUUGAGAGUCAAAAAGUCAUCUUUCAAUCUGAUGAACAAGAAAUCAAAAUAUUGGAAGUACCUAAACCAAUAUCAGUUUUCAGAUCUACUACUGUAAGGUUUAAAGAAAACUCAUUUGAAGGACCUGGGUACAAUUAUCUUAUUAUAUCUAAUAGACCUACACAAUACUUUUAAGAGGAAAGGAAGAAAUUUCACUCUGCAGGAUAACCCAAUCGUACAAAAAAAGUCAAUAUUUUGGAAUAAUUAGCUAGAGAUAAAAAAUAUAUAAGUAUACCUUCUAUCCCUUCUAAUGUUCAUCAAGGCUAUAUAGAAAAUAAAGGUUUUAAUCAAUAAUAAAUUAAGACAAUAUAUUGGAAUAACAUCCUAUUGAUAACUCAUAUGAUGUUGGUCCAGGAUCAUAUGAACUUAAAAGUACAUUUGCUAAUACAAAACCCAGAGGAGUAUCAUGGCAUAAACCAAAUAGCCAAGAAAAAAAAGAUUAUAAAUCACCUAUCGGCCCUGGUUACUAUGAUGUUAGUAGUUAAUCACAACCUAUGUACUAAAUGAAACCAACUACAUCAUUCAGCUCAAAAUAAAGUCGUAAUACUGAUCUCAGAUUUUAAAUUUAAAAAAACAACACCGGAUAUAUAAAAAAAGGAUUGGAUAACAAAUAAUAUAGUUUUCAUUAAUCAACUAAUCCAGGAACUACAGCUAGAGAGACUGAUAUUGAUUCAGAGUAUAGUUAUAUCGAAGUAUUCUAUUUGAAUUUAUUAGGAUGCCACACCAGGACCUGGUUAUUACGAAAAUGCCUCUACCUAAUAAACUAUUUCUUAAUUUCUUAAUUAAUCUUAAGCUAAAGGUUCUAUUAAAACGAGAACUAAAAGAUUUCAUACAAAAUCUGAACAUACCCCUGGACCUGGAAGCUACUAAUUAGAAGUAGCUGCCCAUAGAUUUAAAGGUCCUUAACCUCCCUUCUUGAUAAGUAGAAAUAGAUUUGAAUAAUAAUUUUCUGACACUCCUGCUCCUGGACAAUACAAAGCGGCAAAUACUAUGGAAUAAAGAUUAAUAUAAAAGUUAAUGAAAGCUCCUUUAGGAUAAUUUGGGGUUAAUGAAAAUAGAUUUAAAGAAUAAAAAUUAUUAGUUCCAGGUCCUGGAACAUAUGAAGUUGAUAAAAUUGAAGAUGAUAAAAAAGAUAAGAAAUUACCAGAAUAAAAAGGAACUUGUGCUUUUAUGAGUCAAGCUCCUAAAAGUUAAGAUUUAUCUAUUCCAAAUAUAAAUCCAGCUCCAGGUGCUUAUAAUGUUAAUUAACAUACUAUUGCUCAUUAAAUAAUAAAACCAGAAGAGGAUGAUCCUAAAUUGGCAGUUGUUAAACCACCAUUUGGGGUUGGAUCUGAAAGAUGGAAAAUUAAAGAAGUAAAUGAAGAUGAAGAAGAUGAUGAACCUUUUUAUUUAGAAAAAUCAGGAUCAAAUUAAUUAGGAUUAUUUAAAAAGAAAAAAAAAGAUCCCCCUCCUUUCAUGUGCAAGGUUUUAUUAUAUUUUAUAUAAUAUAGUAAGAAAGAUUUUCAAAAAGUGUUCCUAAAAAUAAUCAGCCUGGUCCUGUAGAUUAUGCUGAUGGUAUUUUUCCUAAUUGGAAUAAAAGAACAUUUAACAUUAUAUUUGCUGAGAUUUGA